AUGUCCAAAUCCACGAAUGAUGCAGGCUGGAUGCUUGCCACAGGGAUCCAAGGCAUUCCGGCAGUCAUCAUUCUAGCGGGACUUCCUUUUACGCCGAACUCCCCUCGCUGGUUAAUCUCCAAAAACCGGCGCACCGACGCACUGGCCGCCCUACGCCACCUCCAUCCCAAACAAGCAGUGGAUAACGGCUCCUGCGAGCUCGAGAUGAUUGCCCUGGAGAACUCAGACAAUAAGACCGAGAAGAUGCCAUGGUCGGCGCUCUUCAGCGUCGCAAAUCGUCGGCGCACCUCCAUUGCACUGGCAAUCAUGGCAUUGCAGCAACUGACCAGCAAAGUCGGGCUGGGGGACAUGGCGUUUACGUAUGCUGCAGUCAACAACGGCGUCUCGGUGGUCACCGCUCUAAUCGGAAUGAUCCUGUUCGACACCUUUGGGAGACGAGACGUCACUUUUCAUGGAUGGUGGGUUCAAACUGUCUUCCUAUGUCUAAUUGGUGGUCUGGGCUCCAAGGUCCACCGCACAAUUAGCGAUACUAUCGAAAUGGCGGCUUCCUUUAUCCUGUACGCGGCUGUCCUGCACGCCACACUGGGGCCUGCGGCAUAUAUCACGGCCGCGGAGCUUGGAACGGCAACCCUGCGAGAGAAAACCAUGGCCAUCUCAACGGCACUCAAUGUCGUCGUCGGCUUCGUCGUGGUCUACACAACCCCUUACCUCCUCUCCACACCCGGAGCCAAUCUCGGGGCGAAACUCGGGUACGUGUGGGCCGGUUUCGCGGGUGUGGGGGCCAUCUGGGUGUGGUUCUUUAUGCCGGAGCUCAGGGAACGGGGCCUUGAGGAGGUUGAUGAGUUGUUUGCGGCGAGACUGCCUGCAUGGAGAUUCAAGAAGCAUGAGUGUUCCAGCUUGGGACAGGGAGUGGUGAGUAUUGACAAGGGGCAAGAGUUGAAGCAAGAGUUGGAGCUACAAAAAUACGAAUGA